CGAUAAUUUGGCGGAAGCCGAUUCACGUAAUUUAAUUAAAAAUUAUUUUGAAGAUCCGAUCGUCUCUUGUCACCGCGUGCUUAAUUAAAAUCUAUAUAGGGUUUCAUCUAUUGUCUUUUGUUUUAUUGAUUUAUUCCCUUUAAUAAAGUGGCGGUAACUUUUUUUUUCGCAAUGCCGAGAGGCUUUUUCAGACGCGAGACUUUUCACAGGAGUAAAACUACGCCAACAUGAACAGCAAGAGUGCAUUACUGGUGCAACGUUGGAUGCUCCAGCCGCGCGUGUUGCUCGUUCUCAUUUUGCUGCAAUUUAUCAUUCAGUUUUUCACGUCCGUCUAUCUGUAUAAGUACGUCACGAACGUGGAGAGCGAUCUUCGUCGGGUAAAAAGCCAGUACCCGCCGGAGGCGGUGGCGAUUCCGCGGCGAAGACGCAGCAGCGCGUUGCCGACCUCGGAGGACAAUGCCGUUUCGGAUAUAUCCAGUCGGAUCCGAGAUGACAAGGAGAUACAGGGUACAAAGAAGGUAACCGCCUCCCCGAUGGUAUCCGGCUCCGCGUCCUCGCCAACGGUGGCCGGAGGUCAGGAUUGGGUCUGGUUGAACGCCGACACACGCAUACAAUUGGACGCGAUCGAAAGUUUUUGCCGUUCGUCUACGAAGUAUUGUCCACCAGGCCUGCCUGGCGCGCCCGGAAAUCCGGGCCCGCCUGGCGAACCGGGUUUGCCGGGUGUCCCGGGGAUAGAGGGUCCGAAGGGACCCCCAGGACAAUCCGGUUAUCCCGGUGUCAGAGGGUCCAAGGGCGACAUCGGGCCACCGGGCUUCGACGGGAGGGACGGGGUGCCGGGUGAGCCUGGUUUGGACGGCAUUCCCGGUAGAAGUGGUCUGGACGGCGUACCCGGAAGCAACGGUAAGCCAGGUUUGAAUGGAUUGCCUGGAUCGGCUGGAAGAAACGGAACGGACGGAAGACCAGGGCAAAUGGGGCCUGUAGGACCACCAGGAUCUCGUGGAGAUAUAGGUCCACCUGGUCAUUCAGGAAUGCCGGGAAAGGAUGGCAAACCAGGAAUACAGGCGUACAAAAUGGACAUGUUCAAUCGCAACGAGAGUGACAUAUUAAUACCGCCAUCCCUCAUAGAAAUGACGCCGUUGAAUUCGAGUAACGUGAUUUCCGUGCAAGAAGGCAGCAAAAUACGGCUGAGAUGUGCCGCGGGUGGAAAACCGCAGCCCGUUAUACAAUGGACAAAAAUAGACGGUUCCAUGAUACCCAUGGGUCCCUGGCAUGUGAGCUCUAUUACGGGCCAUACGUUCAACAUCAGCGUGGUGAACCGGGAACACAUGGGCGAGUAUGUGUGCAACGCUAAUAACGGAAUACCUCCGGCACAGUCCCAGAGAUUUAAGCUUCAAGUCAGAUUUUCGCCGUUCAUUCGUAUACGCAACCAAGUGGUACUCGUGCGAAACCAAAAUCCGGCGACACUGGAAUGCGAAGUGGAAGGCUUUCCCGAGCCGGCGGUACACUGGGAACGCAGUGACGGUCGCCGCCUGAAAUCGGAUAAUAAUAAGUACAGAAUGGAGGUUUACGACAAGCGCGAUAAUUACAAGCUGAAGAUGAAGCUGAGAAUCGCGAGGGUGACUGCGUCGGAUCACGGGACUUAUCACUGCGUGGCGAAAAACGAUCUUGACGUUGUCAAGGGAUCCUUUAUAGUAAACGAUGAUACGAAAGAUAUCGAGAAAUACAAGUCAGGAAAGGAGGAGCACGUGACGUACGGCCAGCCCAUGCCCAUGAGCGUCGAUCAGGAGCAAGAAUUGUGCAUCCCCGCGCAAGAAACCUGCACGACGUGCCCGAAGUGCACGUACACAGACAUAAUGGACCACGUGCACGUUCAGCCGUUGAGCGAUAUUAAUAUUACGCGGCCGCCGCCGCGGUUAGUCGAGGGUUUCAUAGAGGCCAUAGGGAAACCCGUGCUGAAAGGGUACAUGGACGAUCAUCACGGAAGCUGGAUGCACGACGCGUCAGCGUCGAGCAUCGACAACACGGCCGACAGACUUUGGGUUACUCGCCACAACGAAACGUCACGCAUCUACGAGUAUAAAUCGAAGGAUUUCUUCAAGAACCACACGUCGUUCAAGCAAUUCGACUUGCAAUAUCCUUUCCAGGGUAACGGACACGUGGUUUACGACAAGUCGUUUUUCUACAAUCCCAUUAAUCGGUCGUCGGUCAUCCGAUACGAUCUCUACGCGUCCUCGGACCACCAGCGGUGCAAGGAGUACUCCCGCGAAUGCGAGAUGCGGCUACCGUGCUUGGAGGUCAAUGGCCAGAAUUAUCUCUACGCGCGCAAUUUCACCUACACGGAUUUCAACGUAGACGACAACGGUUUGUGGGUCAUUUAUCCAUUAUCCCCCAAUUGCAGGGGCAAAAAUACGGUAGUGGUGAAAAUGGAUCCUAUUAAAAUGGAUAUUCAGUACGCGUGGAAUAUCAGUAUCGAUCACCGUCGAUUCGGGGAGAUGUUUAUCGCGGGUGGCGUGCUCUACGCUAUACGCAGCGUCACCGACGAUACUAUGGAGAUACGAUUCGCCUUCGAUCUCUACAAGAAUACGACGCUGGAUGUAAACUUGUCGUUCACGAAUCCGUAUCACAAGACCACGGCGGUCAGCUACAAUCAUAAGACUAGGGAGCUCUACACGUGGAACAAGGGCAACCGAUUAGCCUAUCCCGUGAAAUGGCACGAGAUAACUGAGAGGGAACCGUCUUCACGAUAUACGCAUGUGCCACGAAGGAACGCGCGUAGGAGCGUCGCCAAUCAUCGCGAGAACGUUAAUUAAGCAAGUUCGACGUGCAACGUGCAAGUUCUCUCCUUUCGAGCGCGUAUUUAUCUUGUAACACGUGCCAAAAAUAAAACAGUUUAAACGGGAUUAA